GCCAUUGGCCGCAGGGCCGGGCGGCAGGAAGGGGCCAGAGAGCGCGGCCCCACCCCGUGGGCGGCAGAGCCUAUCGCCGGGAGCGCGGAGCGCGGAUAAAUGUAGCGCCGCGGCGCGGGCCGCCAGCUCUCCGAGGGGCCGGAGCGCAGCGGAGCCAUGCAGUACCCACACCCCGGGCCGGCGGCGGCGGGUGCCGUGGGGGUGCCGCUGUACGCGCCCACGCCGCUGCUGCAGCCGGCGCACCCGACGCCGUUCUACAUCGAGGACAUCCUGGGUCGCGGGCCCGCUGCGCCCACCCCCGCCCCCACGCUGCCGUCCCCCAACUCCUCUUUCACCAGCCUCGUGUCCUCCUACCGGACCCCGGUGUACGAGCCCACGCCGAUCCACCCCGCCUUCUCGCACCACUCCGCUGCCGCGCUGGCCGCCGCCUACGGAUCCAGCGGCUUCGGGGGCCCUCUGUACCCCUUCCCGCGGACGGUGAACGACUACACGCACGCCCUGUUCCGCCACGACCCCCUGGGCAAACCUCUGCUCUGGAGCCCUUUCUUGCAGAGGCCUCUGCAUAAAAGGAAAGGUGGCCAGGUGAGGUUCUCCAACGACCAGACCAUCGAGUUGGAGAAGAAGUUUGAGACCCAGAAAUACCUCUCUCCGCCGGAGAGGAAGCGUCUGGCCAAGAUGCUGCAGCUCAGCGAGAGACAGGUCAAAACCUGGUUCCAGAAUCGUCGCGCUAAAUGGAGACGACUAAAACAGGAAAACCCUCAAAGCAAUAAAAAAGAAGAACUGGAAAGUUUGGACAAUCCUUGUGACCAAAGGCAAGACUUGACCAGUGAGCAGAAUAAAGGUGUUCUAGAUAGCUCUCAGUGUUCGCCCUCCCCUGCCUCCCAGGAAGACCUUGAGUCAGAGAUUUCAGAGGAUUCUGAUCAGGAAGUGGACAUUGAGGGCGAUAAAGGCUAUUUUAAUGCUGGAUGAUGACCGUAGACAUUGGCAUGUUCGGAAAACUGGAUUUGGGAAUAACAUUUGCUACAGAGAAUCUCCAUAGGCGAUACUGGAAAACUCUGAGAAAGGGAAUCAAUUUCCUGGUAUUCUGGAAACCUAAAAUAUUUGGUGCACUGGCUAAACAGCAAACUUACACUGAAACCUUAAUUUUGACUUAAAUGGUUUAUGUACUGAUUUUAGGUUGAAUGAUGAAGGGACUCUUCACUGCUUAGAUUCACCCCCUUUGUAAAAAGGAAAUUGGUUUUUCUAUUUAUAAAAAGUAAUUUUUGAAUUUUUUGUUAAAUUUGUAAGUUAUAACUUUAAAGAUUUUAAUAAGAUCUUCUUGAAUGAUGUUUGUACAAUCUGUAUCUACAUCCUACUUAAUGGAAAAGCAGAAGGGCAUCCCAGAUCCAGAGGUAUGCCUUGGAAAAGGGGCCCACAUUUCAGGCAGCCUUGGAAUAUUUUUAAAGGAAAUGUUCUUUACUUUUAUAUUACAUUCUUAUACUGCUGCCUUAAAUCCAAAGUGAUCUCAGAGCUUCUGUCUCGGGGAUGUGUGUGUUCUUUUUGUCAAAGAGAAAUAGUUGAUAAGAAUCUUAAAUGCUUGUUUUGCACUGUCACUAAGUACCUAUAUGACCAAGGUGUUAAAGGAAUAGUACAGUACAAAUCAAGCAGACAAACUGACUCGUCGGUGACUAAAAUUAAUCACAGACGAACUAGAAGUAGCAAGUUGAUUAACUGUAAGUAGACUGUAGAUAUUGUGUUUUAUAUCAAACAGUGUUUAUAAUGUGUGUAUAUAUAAUUUUUUCGCUGUAAAAAAAAAAAAGGCCAAAACGGUGGUGGUGGUGGUGGUGUUGUUUUUUUUAAAUGAGUAACUUGUGUAUAAAAUAAACCCAUCGGUGGGACGAC